AGGAAGAAGAACAAGAUAGAUCGAUCUCAUUCCCCUUCCCCUCCGCUCCGGUGCAAAGGAAAGGAAAGGGUGGAGGCAAGAAGCAAGGCAUCUCAUUCCCCCUAGCCAGCCCCACGCCUCGCCACCUUGCCGCCCCCUCCUCUCUUCUUCUUCCUCUUCACCUUUAUCUUCUCCCCUCCCCCCGCGUCCAAGAAUCUAUCUCCCCUCCAUUAAUCCAUCCCCUCCUCACAUUCCCCUUCCUUGCGUGCGUACACCGUUUGGUGCUGGUACACAGAUUGUUUGUUCGUUUCUUCCAUGGUUGGUUGCUUCUUUGAGCGAGCGAGUGAGAACGACGAAGAGAGGAGGGCGGGGACAAGCCCGGCCAGGCACAUCUAUCCUGUGACCCCAAGCUUGGCAUCUCCCCACACCCACGCCACACCCACACCCACACUGUUUCUUCUUCCCCUCCGCCGCCCUGCCCUCCCCCUGCAUGCCACUCGCGUGCCGCCCCAGUCCGUUGGUUGGUUGCAACGACGCCUCCUCCCCCUGCAGCAUUGUGCCCGCCCUUCGUCUUCUUUAGCCUGAGCCCGGACGCGCACAAGCAGAGCGCCGCUCUGCGACCCCGCAUUGCCGCAAGAAACGCGCCGCAGAGAUUGCGUCUCCUUCUUCUAUCCGUAAGGCGGCAGCGCAUGCCCGCCGGGACGGACUGACGGCGGCGGGGGGAGUGGCGGCGCGGGCGAUGCGGUUCACGGCGGGGGGCUCGUCGACGCGGUCGUGGCAGCCCAAGCCGACGGCGGACACCACGGACCUGCGCUUCUGGCUGCGCUGGCGGGUGGCCGUGUGCGCGCUCUGGGUGCUCUGCUGCGUCGCCGCCGCCGCCUACCUCGUCUGGCGCCACGAGGGGCCGCGCGCGCACCGCCGCCCCGGCGCCGCCAAGCAGGACGCGGCCGCGCAAGGGCGGCGGCGCCCGGACGGGCUGCUCUACGACGACGAGGCGUGGCGGCCCUGCCUCCGCGACAUCCACCCGGCCUGGCUGCUCGCCUACAGGCUCGUCUCCUUCUUCGUCCUCUUCAGCCUCCUCAUCGUCAUCGUCAUCUCCGACGGCGGCAACAUCUUCUACUACUACACCCAGUGGACCUUCAUUCUGGUCACGGUUUACUUCGGGCUUGCGACGACGCUCUCGAUCUACGGGUGCAGCAAGUUCGCCGCGUGCAAUGCCGUCGCGGCGAUGUCCGACGCCGAGCAGGGGCCCUACGCCGUCCACGGGGCCGCCCCGAAGCCGGUCGUCGACAGGGAGGACGACGGCACGAGGGAGGUCGCCGGGUUCUGGGGGUACCUGCUGCAGAUCAUCUAUCAGACAAAUGCAGGGGCCGUGAUGCUUACAGACUGCGUCUUCUGGUUCAUCAUUUUCCCAUUCCUCACCGUAAAAGAUUACAGCAUGAAUUUUCUAUUGAUAGGAAUGCACUCGGUCAACGCUGUUUUCUUGCUCGGCGAAGCAUCGCUAAAUAGCCUGCGCUUCCCGUGGUUCCGGAUCGCGUAUUUCUUCCUUUAUACGGCGCUAUACGUAGUUUUCCAGUGGAUUGUUCAUGCAUCUACUCCAACCUGGUGGCCCUACCCGUUCCUCGACCUCUCCUCUAAUCUCGCGCCUCUGUGGUACUUUGCGGUCGCGUUCAUGCAACUGCCCUGCUACUUGAUCUUCAGACUGGUGAUGAACCUGAAACACCACCUUCUCGCCAAGCAUUUCCCGGAUAGCAUGGUCCUAGGAUACUAGCAUCCGUCAAUGAACAUCCAUGCCGGUCUUCUUCCUUCGAUCCUCCACGCAAAAAGGCGAUGCGAAUUGGCAGGAAGAAUAACAACCGGACAAUGGCGGCGUGGCAGUAGAUUGUUUCUGAGAAGUCUUAGUUUCUUACGCACGCGCACGCGUCUCCUACAAAAAAAAAAAGGGAUAGGGGAGCGUGCAUGUGCAUUUACAGUGGUAUAGUUUCGUGACCGUAAAUCGGGGGGUCACGGAUGGUCAGAAGAGUUUUUGCAGUAAGUUGGGAGUGAAAGGAGAAAAGCAAAGAAGAAUGUGUACAUAUACCUACAGCUUGGUUGAUUGGUUGGUGAAAUGGAGAUAUUGUUGGUUAACUGAUUUAGUGCUAGUAUAUAACUUGUUUUGUAGAUCAGCUGUUUGGUCAUCAA